AUGACAGAAUCCGAGCCUCUCAAGUCCGUAUGUGUCUACUGCGGGUCGUCUUUCGGCAAAGACGCCAAAUUCGCAGCCGAAGCCCGCAAACUGGGCGAGCUGCUGCACGCGCUCAAGUGGAAGCUCGUGUACGGCGGCGGGACCACGGGCCUGAUGGGGGAGAUCGCGCGCGCGACCAUGGGCGCCAAGCUCGACGGGUUCGUGCACGGCAUCAUCCCGGACGCGCUGGUGGUCAAGGAGCGCGACGAGACCAAGACCGUGGACGCGCUCAACGAGGAGAUCAAGAAGUCGGUCGAGAACCACAAGGGCUCCACGCCCGUGAGCGCGGAGUACGGCCGCACCACGAUUGUCCCGGACAUGCACACGCGCAAGCGGCUGAUGGCGACGGAAAGCGACGCGUUCGUGGCGAUGCCGGGCGGGUACGGCACGCUGGAGGAGGUGAUGGAGUGCAUCACGUGGUCCCAGCUGGGCAUCCACAACAAGCCCGUGGUGGUGCUCAACGUGGACGGCUUCUUCGACGGGCUGCUGCAGUUCAUCCAGCACGCGAUCGCGAGCGGGUUCAUCAGCGAGAAGAACGGCCACAUCGUGCAGGUGGCGACGACCGCCGAGGAGGCCAUCGACAAGAUCGAGCGGUACGUGGUGCCCGAGGGCCGGUUCAACCUGAACUGGAGCGACGAGGGCGGCCGAUAG